AAUAGAGAGCAUUAGGACCCCGAGGCGUGGAAGGCUUCCCCCUCCGUCUCAUUAUCCAUUGAUUUGACAGCUUGCUCUGGCGACCAGUUAGAGAAAAGGAUGCGAGGAGGAGGCGGCUUUAGUGCGGCGUGCCGAACUUUUCUAAAAUUUCGUGGCUGUUUGCAGGACAACAGAGAUUCACUGCGAUGUCUGUUAACACAGCUGCCCAUUAUUCGACACACGUUCAACUGGAUAGCUGAUCCCGAGCUGGCGUGUGGAUUAUUGCUCCUGCUGUGGGGUUUUUUUUUUUUUGGUAGAUAGAUAAACCAGUUUAACGGAUCGAUCUGAUAAGAUUCAGGUUCAACGGACUGAGGGGCCAUAUCCUGGCUUUCUUUUUUGUUUUGUUUUUUCAUUUUGGAGCUGUCGGUCGGUGCAGCUUUACACUUAAAGCUGAGACCGGGGACGCACACAUGUAGGCUGCAGUCUCCGCUUGGCUCCUCGAUCCCUCAGCUCUCUCCGGAUAAAAGUUGGUAUCCCGUGUGGGAUAGCGUUUGAUAGCGGAUAGAUAAAGUGAGAGACAAUAUGUCGCUAAGCAGAAGUAUUGAAUUUGAACAUUUUGAGGAGCGAGACAAACCGCACCGGCCACCGAGGACCAAUUCGGGGUCCGGGUCUCAGUGUGGCUCAAGAGGCAACGGGCUGGUCCCCAGCCCCGCGCACAGUGCGCACUGUAGUUUCUACCGCACACGCACUCUCCAGUCCCUUACAUCCGAGAAAAAGGCCAGGAAGGUGCGCUUUUAUCGCAAUGGUGACAAGUAUUUCAAAGGUUUGGUGUAUGCCGUAUCUAACGACCGGUUCAGAUCCUUGGAUGCCCUCCUCAUGGAGCUCACACGGUCCCUGUCAGACAACGUCAACCUUCCUCAAGGAGUCCGGACGUUGUACACGCUGGAUGGGGGCAGGAAGAUCACCAGCCUGGACGAGCUAGUAGAGGGAGAGAGUUAUGUGUGCGCCUCCAAUGAACCCUUCAGACGUGUGGACUACACCAAGAACGUGAACCCCAACUGGUCAGUGGGCAGCAAGACCAGCACGUCCCGCUCCCUCUCCUCUCUCUUCCCACUCAAGAGUGAGCCGCAGCGGGAAUCCAAGGACUUCAUCAAACCCAAGUUAGUCACGGUCAUCCGCAGCGGCGUCAAGCCCCGCAAGGCAGUUCGGAUUCUGCUCAACAAGAAAACGGCACACUCCUUUGAGCAGGUGCUCACCGACAUCACAGACGCUAUCAAGUUGGACUCCGGCGCUGUAAGGAGACUGUACACACUGGAAGGCAAGCAGAUUACCUGCCUGCAGGACUUCUUCGGGGAUGAUGAUGUUUUCAUAGCGUGUGGUCCAGAGAAGUUUCGCUAUGCCCAAGACGACUUUGUGCUGGAUCACAGUGGUAAGGCUUCCACAGCCUUUGCAACUGAAUGCAGAGUGCUAAAGUCGUCGUACAGCCGCUCUGCUACCCCAAACCGGACCGCUAAAAGCCCUGGAGUUUCACGACGCAGCAAGUCCCCAGCUGCAGCAAGGCGACCCGUCUACUUCUCCACCAGUCAGUCCCCAGUCAAGUCCCCAGUAAAUGGUAUCUCAACCCACAAGUCCACCAAGUCCUCCACUCCAUCCCCCACCAGCCCCCGAACCACUCCCACUUUUAAGAUCCUUCCAUCACAUCACCACUCCGCCCCAAAUGUAAAUGGCUCAUUGAACAAUCAUCAGGAGCAAAGCAAUCAGCUGAGUCCAGAAGUUAAUGGGAACCAGCACUCGCACGCCUCGAGCAUCUGUGAAAAAUACAAGAUUGGCAAAGUCAUUGGAGAUGGCAACUUUGCUGUGGUCAAAGAGUGUGUGGAGAGGUCCACGGGGAAAGAAUUUGCCCUGAAGAUUAUUGACAAGACAAAGUGCAGCGGAAAGGAGCACCUCAUAGAGAGUGAAGUCGCUGUGCUGCGGAAGGUGAAACACCCCAACAUCAUCAUGUUGAUUGAGGAGGUGGACACUCCUUCUGAACUGUACCUGGUUAUGGAGCUCGUGAAGGGAGGGGAUUUAUUUGACGCCAUCACCUCCUCGGCCAAAUACACAGAGAGAGAUGCCAGCAUCAUGGUCUACAACCUCGCUGGAGCUCUGAAGUACCUGCACAGCAUAAACGUUGUGCACAGAGACAUUAAACCAGAGAAUCUACUGGUUUUUGAGUACCCAGAUGGCACCAAAUCACUGAAACUUGGAGACUUUGGCCUAGCUACAGUAGUUGAGGGACCCUUGUAUACUGUAUGUGGCACUCCUACAUAUGUGGCUCCAGAAAUCAUUGCUGAGUCAGGUUAUGGUCUGAAGGUGGAUAUCUGGGCUGCAGGUGUCAUCACCUACAUCCUGCUGUGCGGCUUCCCUCCAUUUAGAAGUGACAAUAAUCAGCAAGAGGACCUGUUUGACCAGAUCCUACGAGGUCGACUGGAUUUUCCCAGUCCUUACUGGGACAACAUCACUGACUCAGCUAAGGAGCUGAUUGGAAAGAUGCUGCAGGUCAACUCUGAGGCUCGAUACACAGCACAGGAUAUCCUCUCACAUCCAUGGGUCACGGAUGAUGCAAUCAUGGAGAACAACAUGAAGAUGGAGGUGACAGGUAAACUGAAGACGCACUUUAACACUGCGCCAAAGCACAGCACCACCACAGCUGGGGUGUCGGUCAUCAUGAACACGGCGCUAGAUAAGGAGACCUUUCAGCUCACAGGUCGUUGUUGUCCAGGGCCACAGGCGGUGCCACGUUCACCAACCUCGGAUGGCACCAAAAUCCCACCUGCUCUUCCGGGCCAAUUAGCGUCACCGUGUGCCAAAGUACCACAAUCUGACAAGCUGGCUUCACCAGAAGCUGCUGGGCCUGAUACCACAGCCAACUCUACAACUCCCUACUCUGAUUCUCCAAACGACCGCCACACAUUAGCCGCUAAGCUCGACCUGCCCCCCUCUGCUCCUUUAAGUUCACUUCAGUUCUCUCCAUCACCGUCCGUUGAAACUUUUCCCAUCACCUCUUUGCUCAUUUCUUCCCCUCCACAAAUAGAAACCUCCCCGACUGCUGCUCCCUGCUUGUCUUCACAGCCUGCCUCACCCUCAUGUCCUCCUGCUCCCCUCGCCUGCACAACUCCCUCUACACCUGUCUCCCGUCCUUCGCCAACAUCUUCUACCAAACUGGCCCAAAAUGCUUCCCCUCCUCAUCCUGCCAAACAAGCAGCAUCCCAGUCUUCCUCGCCCACAAAACAAGCAUCGCCCUCCCCUGUCUCCCCGAUCCAGCCUGUUGUGUUCUUCCCGCUCUCAUCCCCGACAAAAUGUGAACCCUCGUCCCUCUCUCCUAUCCAUCCAACCCUGUUUCCUUCUCCUCCUUCCACACCCCUCAGAUCCACCACCCCACCCUCUCCUGUUUGCCCUUCUUCUCCCUGCUGAAGAACUUAUGGAGAAAAUCUAAAUAGUCUGCCAUCCCCACUUCUCCUUUAUCCAUGUACAGAAACCGUAGGAUAAACUUCACAAUUAGCAUUUCUCAGUAGCUGUAAACUGAGCCAGUGACUGCUGUGUCCACCUUUUGCCCUCAUAUUCUUCACCCACUCAUUUUAUUAGACGACGGGAUACGAGGCAUUUUCUGGAAUCUGUUGAUUGUAUAUAUGUUUUUAUUUAUUAACUGAGGAUGCAGAAAGGGAAUGAACUGAAUAUCACUCUUCUGAGGGGUUUGUCUUUUGAUUUCAUACACUGCUGAGUCAGAUUUGUUUUAGCGUCCCAUUUGGACUCCCUCUGGUCCCUUUGUAAAGGGUUAUUAAAUCCAAAUGCAUCACAAACUCCCAUUGCUUUAGCAGAGAGACUACUCUGUGUGUAAUUCAAAGCCCUAAACUUGCUAGACUACCUGUAAUGUAGCCAUCCUGAUGGUAACAGCCAAUUUACAAUUUCAUGUAUUGUAUAAAGAUGUCUGCCAAAGUACCACGUAGUUAAUGAGUCACAAAAAUGUUUUAAGCAGCUUUAGCUCUGCAUCUGUGUUUGCAUAUAAAAUUGGGGAUUAUCAGACCUGCUAAAGCUGAAAGAAAUGGCUGUUCACAAUCAAUUUAACAGGUACGUCUACCAUCCAAAUUACCUCUAGUGCAGCAGUUCCCAAAAUAUUGUGGUUUGCAGUUCCUCACAGUAAAUUGUAUAGAUGCCCC